GUUGGGGAGAGCGUAAUGGAGUGCGUGCAGAAGAGCGAGACGAAGAGGAAAAGGAAAAGGACGACAGAUUUUACAGAGAAUAUAAAUGCGAAGAAACGAGGAGGUUUGAGAGAGAGAGAUACAGAGAUGGACAAACAGAGGAAGACGACUCUAAUCGAUGCCGAUGAUAAUACUGCAGAUGAAAUUGAAUCGUCACGGUACAGUCCUGCGGAUGGCAACACGGUAUCCAAAGCAAACAAGGAAGUGGUGGACGCUGAAGCUGACGCAGAAAGGGACCAAAGAACUGUUUACGUCUCUGGGAUUCCUUUGAGGGCGUCCAGGGAAGAAGUUAACAUAUUCUUUUCAAGUGUAUGCAAGGUAAGGAAUAUCGAUCUAAUGUUGGACCCAAGUUUGAGAGUACCAAAGGCAGUGGGGUAUAUUGAAUUUGAUGAUCCAAUAUAUGUCUCAAUGGCUGUUGAUCUCUCUGGCCAGCUACUUCUUGGACAACCUAUAGAAGUUAAACCUUUGAAUGUUGGGAACCCUGCUGCUGAGGAAAGAUCUUAUAUUCACACUGGUAAGAAGAAUUUCCUGGACAAGCCUUGGGAUACGAUGACUUCGGAUGAGAGAAUUGAUGCAUCGACCAACUGGAGGGAACUCACUGAUGUAGAGAAUAGGAGAUUUUUCUACAACAAGCUCACUGGGGAUCGUAGUUGGUCACUACCUCUGGAAUUAGUGAUGGCCCGGAACCGAGCUCAUUUUGCUGCUCAAAGUAGCCCAUUUUCGACUCAACAUGUACCCUUUACGCCCUUUUUCGCCCACAGCAAUUGCCAGCAGGUUGGUGCUGCUGGGAAUAUGAUGACAUGGAACUCUCCUCAAAUGAUGCAUGUUUUUGGAGCACCGUCUCAAGUAGCUCCGCCCUACCCAUGGCCUCAGUACCAGGUCUUCCCAUUGCCUCAGUACCGGGUCUUCCCAUUGCCUCAGUAUCAGCAGUAGAUGUGUCUCUUGCUCCAGUAGGAAUAUGAAUCCGACCGAGCAAAAGUUGAUCUUAUUUGCACAGCACCUUUUGAAUGUAUACUUAUCGCUGAAUGAGCCUGGAUGACUUCGAAAACAUGUGAUCUCAUGCCAAGACGAUGUCACUUUUGUAUUAUGCCGACGUCAGUUUUGAGUGAUGGGGUAAAUAUGCAAGUAGUAAUGGGUAAAUAUGUAAACUUUCUAUUCAAUGCUUCGGCAAGACCUAUUCUGAGUUCAGGGAAAAUUAUAUACGGAAGGUCUUUGCGCUGAUAAAUAUGGAUUCAGCUUCCA